AGUUCAGAGUUAUGCCAUAUAAUGAGCAGAUGGACUCUAUAGACUAUUAUGUUCUUAGAAAAACGAAACAACUUCCGAAGCAUGCCAGAGUGUGACAAAUAUUUAAUAACCGUUUUUCUUGAAAACUGAUUUAAUUCAACAUUCAAGUUUUACUUUUCUAUUGGUGAAGUGUGUAAUGUGAUCGUUUGGAAUAUCAUGUGUGUCCUAAAGUAAUUAAGUUAAUUUGAACAUAAAACGCAUGGGAAACAGGAAGAUGAGAUGAGGGAUUUCCGAGGACAAAUAAAGAGAGAUUAAAAAAAUAUUUUAAAGACGUAGGAGGUCUUUGAGGAGGGGGAGGCUGGAAAUUUCUCCUGUUGUGCAGGACAGACUGGGACGGCUUCCUGCCGCCUAUUGCUCCACUUUUUUUCUACAACUUUACAAGUACAGUUUUCAGCGAGGACGAACUAUUUGGUCACGAAGCAGUGAGUCUGUAAACUGGGACACAGGAUUAAUGCUGAGUCGAGGGGAGGAACUAGAAAAAAGAUGUUCGUGUAGCUUCAAGGAAAGAAGACGGAAGCAGCUUUACAAAAAGAUGUUUCGGAAAAAAGCAUCUUCUUCCUUGAGAGUGACAAGGAUAACGGGAAACUCAACAUACAGGGGCCGUAGUUUGUCCUUCCAUGAGGUUCGUUGCCAACGUGAGAUGGAGAUGAGGGCCGGAACCGAAGAGCCAUCAAAUAGCAGUGUAUCAGGUGGUGGCAGUACAGUCCUUCAGCGGCUUCUUCAGGAGCAGAUGAAUCGAAACUAUGUGCUGCAACAACAGCAACAGUCUGGAGGAGGGGGGGUUGGAGUGGCAACAGGAGGAGGAGGUGGCUAUUCAGUACAUGGACAGGUAAGCCCCUCAGAUGAUCAUUCUGUAAGCGCUCACAUUGCAAGACAAGAGCCCCAGGGACAGGAGCUUCAAACGGACAGUGGCCUGGAGAAGGUUGGUGUCAUCAGAGUUGGUGGGCAUGGUGGGGGCAGUGGUGGUGGGGGAUGUGUGGGCUCUUGUGGAGAAGCAUCCAGUGGUGGGGGCAGUGGAGUUGGUGGCAUCACCCAAGGACAGUGCCCUAACCUAGAGGAUCUCCCUACAUAUGAGGAAGCCAAAGUACAGUCACAGUACUUCCGUGGCCAUGGCUCUCCUCCUCAGGCUCAGCAGCCACAGAACAGCCAAGCCCCGCAGCCUUCACUGCCUGCCUCGUUAGGUGCUGCUUUCUACGUUACUGGCCUGACCAGCACCAAAGUUCGCACUGAGGGUCGCCCAACACUACAGCGUGUCAGUGGUACCGGGAAGGUCCACCAAGAUGAUGGACUAAAAGAUCUAAAGCAAGGACACGUCAGGUCUCUCAGUGAACGACUUAUGCAACUUUCUUUAGCCACCAGUGGUGUGAAAGCCCAUGCUCCUGUAAGCAGCACCCCCCUUUCCCCACAACUACCCCCAUCAUGCCAGCCUGGAGACUACUACAAGGCACAGCAUCGAGGCCCACCACCAGACUAUCCUUUUAAAGGAAUAUGUUCUGGCAGUCAUCCAGAAUCUGGAGGCCAAUUUUAUCAGGAGCCAAGAGUAAGGGAUCACUCCAGGGAGGUUCCAACUGUUCGAUAUCAGCCCCCUCCUGAAUACGGCUCUUUCAGAUCCACUAAGGAGGUCUCAGUUCACUACCAGAGGCCCCUGAACCAGCACAGUCCCAGCUCCUCUGUGACCUCUGUUGGAUCUUUGUCUCGUGCACAAUCCUCUACUCUGAGCAGCAUGCUCUCUGCCGCCUCUCACUCCUCUCAUCCAUCAAUUCCUCACCAGCCACCUCCAAGCCAAGGAGAGCCCUACCCAAUUAUGGGACCCCGUGUUCCACAUGGUCCAGGCUCCCAUCAAGUGGCAGAGCCUUUCCCCCCAGGACCUGUUCAUCACACAAUGCAGAGGGGCCAUGCUUUUCUUUCUGAUUCUUAUGGCUCCACUCCAAGGUUGCAUCAUCAUCAGCAACACAAUCAAUGUCAACAACAGCAGCAACUCCAGGGUCCUUCCCAUCCGCAGUUGUCUAUGCAGGCAGGACAUGUUCCCCAGCAGCAGUCCUUCAUACAGCUACAGGGAGAGCCUUUUGCAAUGAUGGCCCGCGCCCAGCAGAUGGUGGAUGUGACGACUGAGGAGAACAGAAUUCUAAGACAGGAGAUGGAGGCUUGUCGUGAGAAGGUCACCAGGUUACACAAGUUGGAAACAGAGAUACAGCUAGUGUCAGAGGCCUAUGAAAACCUUGCCAAGUCUUCCUCUAAGAGAGAAGCAUUGGAGAAAACUAUGAGGAGCAAGUUGGAGCUACAGGUGCGCCGACUGCAUGACUUCAACAGAGACCUGCGAGAGCGCAUGGAGACUGCUAAUAAACAGCUCGCCUCUAAAGAGUGUGAUAGCUCUGAAGACAAUCGGAAAACCAUCUCCCAGCUGGUUGCUCAGAAUAAAGAAAUUCUGCGGGAAAAGGAAAAGCUGGAGAUGGAGCUGAAUGCACUGCGCUCAACUGCAGAUGACCAAAGGAGACACAUUGAGAUCAGAGACCAAGCCCUGAACAAUGCCCAGGCAAAAGUGGUGAAACUGGAGGAGGAGCUUAAAAAAAAACAAGUUUAUGUGGAGAAAGUGGAAAGGAUGCAACAGGCUCUGGCCCAGCUCCAGGCAGCAUGUGAGAAGAGAGAACAACUAGAACACCGUCUUCGUACAAGACUGGAAAGAGAGCUGGAGUCUUUACGUCUGCAGCAGCGUCAAGGAACCUCACAGAGCAGCGGCUUGGUGACAUCAGAGUACAAUGCCACAGCCCUAAUGGAGCACCUAAGAGAGAAGGAGGAGCGCAUUCUGGCUCUGGAGGCUGACAUGACUAAAUGGGAGCAAAAGUAUUUAGAGGAAAGUGUCAUGAGGCAGUUUGCCCUGGAUGCUGCUGCGUCCGUUGCUAUGCAGAGGGAUACGUCUGCAGCAGGGAUAAAUCAUUCUCCGAGCAACAGCUAUGAUACUUCUGUUGAAGCUCGAAUUCAGAAGGAAGAAGAAGAGAUCCUAAUGGCCAAUCGUCGCUGUCUCGAUAUGGAGAGCAGGAUAAAGAAUCUUCAUGCCCAGAUCAUUGAGAAAGAUGCCAUGAUAAAGGUUCUUCAUCAGCGCUCUAAGAAGGAACCCAUGAAGUCUGAUGCACCAUCUGCCAUGCGUCCUUCUAAAUCCUUGAUGUCCAUCUCCAACACUGGUCCAAGUGGUUCAGGACUUCUUUCGCUCAGCCUUGGGCUUAGCAGCUCACCAAUCACUGAGGAGCGCAAGGAUGCCAGCUGGAAGGGAAGCCUCGGAGUUCUGCUGGGUCCAGAGUGUCGCACAGAGUCUCUGCGGACAGAAUCCAUCUCGUCAUCCCCUUCCCCCGUACUUUCUACCACCCCGAUGACUACAGGUCACUCAAAGACAGGCAGCCGGGACAGCUGCACACAGACUGACAAGGGUCAAAGCCAAGAAGCCAGCAAGCCCAGCCCUUCAGUCCUGCAGAGUAUGACCCUGCCGGCCCGCCUGUCAAGCCCCAGCCCGGUCUACAUCCCAGAUCGCUUAGCAGAAGUUCCAGUGUUUCACAGCAGCACCUUUGAACGGAGGUUCCUUGUGCAGUCCCAUUCACAGCAACAAGCUCUCCCUUCAGCUCCAGCAGUCCAACAAGAGGUAGACACAGACAUCGUUGAGAUCCUCAUAUGAAACCAUAACUUCAAGAAAAAAAAAGUAUAUGUGUAAGUGAUUGAAUGGCAGCUUCAUCACAAGAACUCUCUUAAUCAUCCUGCACAGUCAGAGCUACAUCUUAGUCCUGAGACAUUUUGAUUUGUCUUUUCAUCCUAUAUCCUUUCAUUCUAUAAGUUUAGCCUGACUGAAGAAAGAACAAGAUUACAAGGGGUACAACUCUGCAUCAGAAAUGGGCCUGAAGCAAUUUCAGAGGUUAUUAUAUUUUUUCCACUGGUUUCUGUUGUAAUGUAUUAUUGAACAUAGUAGGGAAUUAAAUAUACACUUUGUCUUAAAAAAUGUACAUAGUUAGACAAUCUUGAGCAGUAAAGUCCCCUCCAAACUCAGAUACAUUUCAUUUGGGAUUUCUGUAUCAAAGUUAAAGUGUUCUAUUUGUUAAAGACUUUUGUGUUUAACAAGUAGUUGUUGUGUUUAAUUAUUAGUAUAGUGACUGUAUUACUAACUGUAGUAUCAAAUGUUUUUAGCACAUCUAACAGACUUUGUAAAAUUUUCCAACAAACACCACUGGUUUUGUUCAGCUUUCUGACAAGAUUUAAGAAAGAGCAUUGCUUUUUCAAGGUAAAGUAACCAUUUCAAAUAUUAAGAGAUUUAUUCAGACUAAUCGCAUUGGACCAAUUGUAUAUAGUGUUGUUUGCAUUAUUUAUUGCACAGAUUACCACAUCUGCUUUGUGUUUUUUUUUAAGGCAUUUGGCCUUGUGUGCGUGCGUGUGUGUGUGUGUGGGUGUGUGUGCGUGUGUGUGCGUGUGUGGGUGUGUGUGUGUGUGUGUGUGUGUGUUUUUGUGUAUAUUUUAGACAUUAGAUAUCAGGACUGAUAUCUAGUGUUUAACAAACCUUUCACAUACAGAAGUUUACUUUGUGUCUGUUGUUUCUAACUUAAAACCACAAAUUUAAAAGCUACAAACUUGACAAAUCGUAAAUGACUUAGAAGUUUAGCCUUUUAACUUUCUCUAAAUAUUAGUAUUUGUAUCUAGAUUAAAUUAAAUCAGCCUGACAUUUUACAAUGGUCACAUACAGACAGACAGACAUUUGUAUUUAUUUUAUUGUAUUAAUUAAAAAAUAGAAGUUAAUCAAAGAAUUUAAGCUUAUAGAAUGCUUAUGGAUUUUCCAGUGCUGGGAAAUAUAAUUACAUUUAAGGCUUAAUUUUAUUAUUGAAUGAAAUGCCCUUAAUAAGAUAAAAAGUUUAUCUUUUGAGUCCCAGGUUGGGACUCAAACCCAGAACCUUUUAGUUGCAAGCCAACAGUGCUACCAACCACACCACUGCACAGCCCACAGUUCAAUUCAUUUCAUUUUAAUUGAAUUGAAUUGAAUUCAGUUUUAUUUAUGUAGCACAAAUUCACAAUAAAUGUCAUCUCGAGGCACUUUACAAAAUCUCUUUUCAAUUUAAUCACAAAUACAUUCCAGCUGAUCCUGGUUAUUAGACAUUACAGUAUGCUCAAAUAGUUAUCCAGUGAAGUUUAAAAAGUUUCUAUCUAAUAAAACCCUGCAGAUUGCAUCGAGUCAUUGACUUGCAGUAUUAACUCUUCCUGGACCAGCAUGUAGCAACAAUCACAUGUACUGUGUUGAUGAUUUUACAGCAAUCCCUCAUACUGAGCAUGAAUGUAGCAACAGUAGAGCGGAAGAACUCGCCUUUAACAAGAAGAACCGUCCUGCAGAACCUGGCUUAGUCCAAACGACCCAAUGGGGGUUUUUAGAAGACACAGCAGAGACACAAAAAAGAAGCAGAUGAGCUAAUGUAGGAUUGUUUUUAAUAUUCAUGAAAGUAAAACGUUAGUAGCAGGAGAGGAAGUUGAUGGAAGCAUUAUCUCAGCUAAUUCCCUCCUCCAGAAGGUAUCACAGCUGUUGCGCCUUUGGCUACAAAACCUGCCAUCAGGCGAUUCCAGUAACUGGUAAUAAAUCUUUAAAUCUCUGAAGAAGAACUUCGGCCAACCCUUAUUUCUUUCUAUAAAGGAUUUAAUUUAGUCAAGUUGUAAAAUUUAGAGUAAAAUUAGCCUGCUUAAUGUAAUUCCAGACCACCUCAGUUGAUUUCACUUCAUACUUGACUAGGUCAUUUAAAAACCUUCAUUUUAAUAACUUGAAUACUUGAGUUUAAGCUCACAAACUCAUGGACAUUCUUCGAAAGGGUUUUCUGGUAAAGAGCAGUAUUUAUUGGUUCAUAAAAUAUAGUGAGUCAGGUAAAACAGCAAAGCCGCCCCAGAACAUCACAUCUCCUUGUUUCAAUGGAGGGAUGUUGCUUUUUUUAAUGCUUUGUCAGUUCUGAUGUAACUAGACAUGCAGCUAAGUCAUUCUUUAUAAUGUUUCCUGGUUGUUCCAUAUUCUCUGAAUUAGUCAUUAAUAGCUCCAGCUGUAGUUUACUGGAGUCUCAAAGCCUUAGAAAGGCAUUUGUAAGAUUUUCCAAACUGAUGAGUGUUUGCUGCCUUCCUGGAAUUUGGGGCAAGUUAGAAAAUAAUAUGUUGCUUUUUGAGAUCCACCUGCUGCUUGUUGCCAGAAAUGUUUUAUUUACGGUAGGUGAUUUCCUAAUUCUACAGGUCUGACAAGAGUCAGGCCUUGAUGUGUAAUAAACACUUUACUAUUUCAGAUUGUUUUUUUGAUUUGAAAAGCAUUUUUGCUUAAUAAAUAAACACAACUUGAAUACAUGUUCCUUCAGUGACUCAGUUGUAGCCUGAUGUUAAAAUGUUUUGCUCAAAAACAUUCAUUUCAAUAUGACUUUUACAUAACUCUUGUCAUAUGAACACUCUUUCAUAAAGCCAGGUCUGGGUGCUGCAUGACAGAGAGCUCUUAUGAACAAAUGAUAUUCUCAGGCAGCACAUUACAUGUACUCAUUGUGAAUGUUCCCUGAUUUGUGUAUUUUGAAUCUUUGGGAGUGAAAAUUAUGUUCUUUCACAUUAACUUGUAUUAAAUGUAUUGUUUCAAAGGAGGUUAGAAAGUUAUGGAAGAGGCAAGGACUGAAAAUACUUUUCCAAAAUACAAGAUAAAAAUAAUUUAAGAAUAUAUUUGGAACUGUUAGGUUACAAAAAAACAUUUUCAUUUCUUUGUACCAUUCAUCGUGGAUAGUUUAGGUUUUGUUAUGGAUGUUUGGCUUUGUGUUAAAAUUUACAUCACAAAAGUACUUUUAAAUUUGCAAUCAGUCAUUCCUCUGAUGUCUACAAAUCCAACACAGCAGCACUAAGAUAACUACACUGCUACAACUUCAUGAAGACGCUACACACCAGGUCACAUGUAGCUAGCACAUAUUAGGCUAAACAACAAUGUCACAAAAUGUAGUUUUUAAGAAGAAAAAAAUGUCACAUCUGGGCACAAUUGUGUCAAAUUCUUACAAAUAUUAAAUUUGGAAUCAGUUCUUUCAGUUUUUGUCAGUUUAACAUAAUGAAGUGGGAGCACAAAUAGUUCAGUACAGCUAAAUGCAUUAACAUCUGUUUUGUAGAAGUUCCAGUGAACUGGAAGUUGAUCAUUGAAAUCCACUUUGGAAAUAGAGAUGAUUAUUUUUCCCUACCACUAUGAAAAUGUAUUUGAAUGUACUUUCUUCUGCAAAGGUUAGUAACAAGAGGUAAGUCAGUGUUAGAACAACACUAACUUACUUGUCAUUGUUGAAGUGGAAUGGACAUUUUGUAUGUUUUUAACCAAACCUUGGUAUAUUAUUGAAUAUGUUAUGCAUAUGUUGUAUUCUGUUUUGUACUUGAUAUUCCAUGUCAGUUGCCCUAAAUAAACAGCACUUUUCUUGAUUUGA